AUGGGUGUUGUGGUCUGCCGCGCGCCGCCGCGGUGCUUCCCGCCAUUCCUCAAGCAGCGGCCACGGGAAGGACAGCGGCGACAGUCACAAUUCACUCCAGCGUCCUCUCACCACUACCACGGAGGCUGGCAUGUCAGAAGUCAGCACGCCCCUCCCGCCCAUCGGGAUGGGCGGACAAGCGAGCCUUUCACCAGCAGCCGUCCCCACAAGGAAGGGGUGCAUCAGGCCCUUCAAGCUUACCACCCUGGUCAGGACGCGCUUCGAGGAGGCCGCUUUCAGGUAUGCCGCUGAGGUCCGCCGAGCCGCCUGCUUCCCGCCAGGCACCACCGCCGUCAUCACCACAGAUACCACCCCUGUCAUCGCCACCCUGGCCACACCACGCAUUACCACCAGACGCGGUCCCCGGGAGGUCCCCACACAGCCCGUGAGGCCCACCGUGCACGUGCCGGAGGCUGCGCUGCCCUCGCCUCUUCCCGACGCCUGGACCAACUGCAGGAGCUGGGACGAAGGAGACACCAUCGUCCGAGGGAUCCAGGAGAUGCGUUCACAGUUCGCAGAUAUGAGCGGAACGAUUUACUCCCGUCCCCCUCAGCCACCACCGUCCUCCCGCCUCCCGCCGCCCCAUCUCCCCGAUUCCCCGCCAGCUCAGAGGCGGACACGACCCGUGCGGCUACUGUUCGGUAGGGGCGGCGGGCGAAGUCGCGGCGUGGAUGUUCAGGCUCAGGACGACGAGGACGAAUACAUUGACAUCGAGGAGGUGUCGCCGCCUCGCACUACAUACCACCUGUACCGCCUGUCCGCCGAUGGCACCUCCUGCACCCUGCCCCUCUCCGUCACGCCCUCCAAUUCCACGUCCCUCCACCUGGCACACUCCACACUCGACAGGAACAAUCUCCCGCAGACUCAAGGGGGUUCCGCCGCCCUUCCUCCGCAGAACUACGCCUUGGUCACUCUACCUCAGCAGCACCGCCCUCCUCUCGUGGGCGCUGCACUCCUUGAGAAAGAUCGCAUCACAAACUCACAUUACAUGGCCCCUCAGAUGGCUCCUUCCCGGCCCUCACAACGGCCAGAUGACUCAGGUGUGGCUCCACGCUGUACACCUGCGUCCCGUUACCACAGGGAAGCCUUGAAGUUCACCGUCCCACACAAAACGAAAGGAAACAACCCUGAGAGGACAUCGACGAGCUCCGAGUUAGGGGAGGACGACGACGUGCUGGUCGUGUCCGAAAACAAGGUAAAUUUGAUUGAAAUAUCGAGCGACUCUUCUCCUGAGAUGGACGGCGGAACAAAAACUCUAAGAGCGAGGGAUAAAGAGUCUUCUUCACCUCCUAGUUCUGUUACAUCCUCUCCAAUAGAGGUCAACAAGAACAACGUGAUGUCAUCACGGGCAGAUGCGAGAGCAAAUAAAAUUGUGUCCAGUGAGGACGACAGCCUGCCAGACCUAACCCGCAUGCCGCCCCUCGCAGGGCACCACAGCGGGGGAGGCAGUAAGAUGGAAGACAAUCUCAGUGACAUUUCCACCAUCAUUUUCGAAGACAUCAACCUAGACGAGUGGACGGAGGACGAGCUAGAGGAAUUCACUACCAACACAAGUAAGGGCGGGGAUGGUGAAGCAACCCUUCCCUCCACGUGCCAUACCGCCGCCCACGAUCAGUCGGGGGACACCGUCACCCUGGUUGUCGACAAGCUUGAGGUCGUUUCUCUGCCCUGUACGGAACAGAAUACGAACUCAGCGGGAGGGAACAAUCAAAAUGAUGACGACACAAGUCAUCAAGUGCCAGAAGAGAGCCGUCCAGACAACUCUUUCACUAAAACUGAAGUGAUGACAUCCCAACAAAAUAACCAUGAGGGUAUCAAGCACAAAGAACCGGUAGAUAAAGAAGUAACAACGGAAAAGGAGGAGGAGGAAGCUGCUGUGCCACUUACUAACGCACACGACGAGACUACUGACGCAAGCAAGGAAGGCCUUACGGCUGUGGCGAGAAGCGAAUCACUUCUGACGGAGGGCAAGGAGGAGGACAAGAUCACGGCAGAGGCGAAAGUCAAAUGCGUCGGAACAGAAUCUGAAGUCGGGGUCCUGGUUCCAGUGCCUGAUGAAGUGGCUAAAGAGCAAAACACCGAAGAGGAUGCAGUACCAAGAGAAACAGACGCUGCACCUUUCGUUGUAGCACCUUCGACUAUCAGCAUCCCUAGUAUUGUUCAGUUAGAUGACGCUGAAGGUAAGAUGCAGGAGCGCAGAGACCUUGUUACAUCUGCAGACCAAUGCAGUACUGUGGCCGGAGGAGAAGAAAACUGUCUUGACAAGUACACAAGCAAUGAAGAUACAGAAACGAUUAAGACUUGCGCAAAAGAAAAGAAUACAGACGUGAUCAUAACUUCUGAAGAUUUGGAGAAACAUGUAGAAAACGAAAAAGCAAAAGAACUUGUAGCUUCCACUGAAGAAGUUAAAGACGCGAGGCACCUGCAGAAUCCUAAAGAACAUGAAAAGGUAUUGGAAGAACUUGUAGAAUCCACUGAGGAAGUUACACACGUGAUCGCAACUUCUAAAGACCUGGAAAAACAUGAAGAAAAUGAAAAGGCAUUAGAAGAACCUGUAGCUCCCACUGAAGAUGUUACAAACGCGAUCCCGACUUCUAAAGACCUGGAGAAACAUACAGAGAAGGACAAAGGACUGCAAGAAACUGUAAUUCAUGUCGAUGCUUCACAACACCUAGAGAGGCCGAGAAGUAAAACCAAGGUUAGGAGAAAGAAGCAAAAACGGAGAUCACAAAGACCCAAAAGAGUACAGAGGCCAAGGGCGCUUCGUGGAAGAGGUGUCAGUUGGAACGACUUUUGUGAGGUGGUUGACCCUUCCUGCACACUCUUCGUGAGUGACGGGCAGCAGGUGGUGGCGAUACAAGUACCUCGGACGUUACGGCAAGACGGUGAAAGUGACGCCCCGAGAGAAAGGUGUGACGGUACAGAAACGCAUUCUCAACAGUCACCCAUUUACCUGACAGCGCCUCCAGGCACCCCCUUACACAUUCUGCCUUGCUGUCCACCACACCCGACCACUGCCACCCAGAAGGAACAAAACAGUGAGGUCGAAGCACUUUUACAACAGUCACCAACUCGUAUGUCGGCACCUCAUGGUUCCCCCCGACGCUUUCUCUCUGCACCGCGCCUCACAGCUGCUGUUCCGGAGGAAAAGGGUAAACCACGGGAACCAAGUGAAGGCGAUGCAUUUGAAAGUAGAUCAGGGAAUACUAAAGUGCAUGAAACAGAGCAUGUUGAACCUGCUGAGCAAGGUGAGAGCAGCAUGAAAGGGAAGGACGCCGAUAUAACCUGUGGAGAGUCUCCCGAAGAAAGUAAAGGUUCUGAAGCAAUGGGAGAAAAAAUGAUAAGUACGAAAGAAAUGAAAGUGAGCCACUCAUCUGAGUUAUUAAAAGGCGGAAGUAUGAUACCAAAGAUGAGCGAGACAAGGGAAUCACGAGGUGUUACGACCGACGACAUGGGGAACUCAGCUGUAUCACAGAUCCCUCCCCUCUGUCAAGACGAAACAUCAGGUGAAGUAGUUCAAGGUGAAGGGAAGACAGGAGCAAACAUUCAACGGGAACCGGUUGUAGAGGAGGUGAGACCAUCCCCUGAAACUGUCCCUGAAAUUGAUACAAAAGGAGCUAGUGAGCUUGUACUUGAAGCAGAGGAGAGAAAAACAUCUCUUCAACAAGUACCCGCAACAGAAGAGAGUAGAAUAACUCAUGAACAAGUUUCCAAAGUUGAGGAGAGAGGAGAAUUCCCUGAAAGUGUACCACAGGGUGAAAAAAUACUAAUCCCUGAACAAAAACCUGAUAUAGAACCCAAAGACACUGACAAAUCUCAUGAACCAGAAGAGAAAAGACGAGUUAUCUCAAACCAAGAAGUUAAGACGCAAGAGAAACGAAGGGACAACACUGAAGUUGCAAAGGGAAGAGGAGUCAUCCCUAGCCCAGAAGCUGAAACUGAAGAGAAAAGAAGAGACACCGCUGCAGCACCUGUGGUAGAAAAGAGGAGAGAAGUUAGCGUUCACCAAGAAGCUGGAACAGAGGGGAUAAGAGACAUUGCUGGAAUACUUGGAAUAAAAGAGAUUCGGGGGUCAGAAAAAGGUGCGAUCGGCAGUCCAGGAUUCAGUAGUGAAAGGAGCGAGUCUGAAAGUGGAGGUGUAGGGCAAGGCAAACCAGCCAUCCUGAGGAGGUCCAAUAGUAGCAGCAGCAAUUGUAGCAGCAGCAGCAGCAGCAGCGGUAUAUCCCGCCUUGCAGAUCGCCUUUUAGAGCUAAGACUGAGAGGACACCCGCUGAAACAGCCCCAAGCUUGGUCUAAUGCCAUUCCCAGUGUGUCCAGCAAUACAGCCAGUCCACAUGGUGCAGGAAAACCUUCCUCAUCUCCAUUAGAGCCCUAUAGUAGCCUCUUGGCCUUAGUCUCCUCCGGUCACCAAAAACACAAGGAUACAAUGAGAGCCCUCAUGGAGGAGCUGAGGCUCAUGGGAAACAGAAUGCUGGCUGCCAUCCGUGAGGAAGAACAAGGAAGUGUUCAUUUACCCGUUUCAGAGUCGGAUGGACCCAGAGGUUGUCACCAUCAUGGCAGGCGAGAAACAGGCAUCGAAGGAAACGUAAAGGAGGAGAAUUCGGGCUUGACAAUUAUACAGUGCGUCGCAGAAGUCCAUCACAGUGCUGAUGCAGACAUAGACGUGUUAAAGCACCAAAGGUACAAAACGAGGCAUGGUAGACCACAAAACUAUGUAGGCUCAGAGCACUGUGAAAGAAAAUGUGACAAAGCAUCGAAUACGGUUUCGGCAAACGAAGCGAACGGCACAGAUGACAGAGCUUUUAUCACAGACAGCCAACCUAUGAGAGAAGGAGGCACAGAGUUAAAACCCAAGAGAAGAGCUCCAGGAAAGGAUACAGUACCAGAAACUAUAAUGGAGGUUUACGACGGGGGAAUACCCGUGGAAGUGGUUGGUGGUGGGGAGGUAGAGGGGAAAAAUGUGGACGUUCCUCCCAUCGAGAGCACCAGGAACUUUAUUCAAAGAGAGGAGUACUCUGAGGAGUCAGGUUUCCGUCGGGAAAAUGAGGAAAGUUUGGCUUCUACAGGAGCGUUCGAGAGACCGCACCUGAGGGGCACAGACGGCCUUACCACACACAAGACCGAGCACCGCGAGCAACCGACGCAGGGGAGCAGGAAACGAGAUGAGCUCGAGAAAUCAACUCUAACACCUUCACAGAGCGACAUCAAAAUCAUGAACAACGAUUCACCCACCCAACCACCGCAACCCAGCCCUCUCCCCUCCGUCGGUGACUUCUUUAGGAAGGAGUCGAGGCGGAUCCACCAACCACACAGUAAACCGAGUCAUGCAAGACCACAUCGGAAAGAUACUCAUGAUCCAAGAGUGUUCGGUGAUACCCUUCAAGACUUUGUAGAGAGCACACACUGCGCUGAGGACCCACAAGAAAGGAAAGACCCGACCUACCCGCCCACAAGCAGUAACCAUGGGUUUGGCUCUGACUCUAUCCAGCACAGCGUCGGCGGCUGGGUAAAGAGCCCCAGCACUUACACAAUCGGGGCCCAUUCAUCAAUCAAUGGAUAUAUGUCAUCUGUCAGUGGGAGCCAGCCAGCAGGGAACUUGACUCAGCCAGUAGUUGGUGCCGCCCACCCAUUUAGCAGUGGAGUUGAGGGUAAUGGGGCACAGACACUAACUGAUGGGACUCAACCGUAUGUCCAAUAUAUUCAAUCGGAAAAAUCAACUAUUGAGACCCAGCCGUCACACACAACUCAGCCGUCAGUCAGAGGGAGUCAGACGUCAUCUGAGGGCAGCCUACCAAUAGCCAGUCAGAGUCAACCUUCCUCCUUGGCUGCGAAAGAGAGAAAUAAAAGAUGGAGUGAAGAGUCCGCUGAUGAAGAAAGUGAUGUGGACGGAAUGCCGCGAGAACGAAAGAGGAGGAGGAAGGGACGAGGCAGCCUUUACCGAGUCGUCGAGGUGCCGCUCACAGACAAGUUGUCGGAGUGCUUGCGGGUGGCGGCAGCGGCGGGGGAGGCGUUGCUGGCCCCGCUGCGGAUCCAUGGCGUAAUGGGCCCCAGCCACAGGUUCACCUCGCUGCAGCCUGACCACACCCGCUCCCUCCUCAACCAGAUGAUUAGGAACAGGCGCGGCCGUUCACACACUAGCGGUGAAGACAACACUAAUUACAAGAACUUGCUGGCUCUUCAUGGUCUCAUCAAGGUGGCAGGUCUUCUGCGGCACUGCGGCCUCAGACCUGCCUUACACUGCCUCGACCAGUACCACCGCACCCACCACGGCCUCUUGGAAG